AUGGCUAAUAUGGUUAUGGCUGCAGUAACCAACCUGAGCACAGAUGAAGUUGCUCUUGUUGCAUUAAAACAUCAUAUAACCUCAGGACCUGAUAAUAUCCUGACGCGCAAUUGGUCAAGCUCGAAUUCAAUCCGCAACUGGACUGGACUCUCAUGGAGCAAUCGCCAUGAAAGAGUAACUGGCUUGGAUCUUACAGAUAUGGGUCUUCAGGGCACCAUUCCAUCCCACCUUGGUAACCUCUCGUUUCUCAAAUCCCUUAUACUUACUGGCAACAAAUUUUACGGCACUCUGCCGAAAGAGUUAUCCCAUUUGCGGAGAUUGCAAAUCAUUGACCUCUCCAACAAUAGCUUCGUUGGAGAUAUUCCCCAUUGGUUAGCUAACUUAACUUCUCUUCAGUACAUUGUUCUCGACUUUAAUAGCUUCUCUGGCUCUAUACCACCUGAAAUUGGUAAUCUUCACCAACUAUGGCUUUUAGCCUUGCAGAAUAACAGCCUCUCAGGGCCAAUUCCUUUGAGCAUUUUCAACAUGUCCUCUUUGAAAGGUCUUGCUCUGUCAUCCAAUAGAAUUUCUGGUAAUCUACCGGAUGAUAUUUGCCAUCAAUUUCAAACACUUGAAGCUCUUUACUUAUCAGAAAAUAUGCUAAGUGGACCAAUUCCAGCAAGCCUGGCAAAGUGUAGCAAUCUUCAGCUCUUAUCGUUGUCGGAAAAUGGCUUCACGGGGAGCAUCCCAAAACAUAUUGGAAACUUAACUGCCCUUACCAACCUAUAUCUAAAUAGAAAUCAUCUAACAGGUACAAUACCUCAUGAAAUGGGUAAUCUAGUCAAUCUGGGGGCUUUAAGUAUGCCAAUAAACAACUUGAGAGGCUCUAUUCCACCUACCAUCUUCAAUCUUUCAAAUGUUAGGCGCUUUCUUGUUGCAGAUAAUCAACUUUCAGGCAAUCUUCCAUCAAUUAUAGACCUUCCAAGUCUACAGACUAUUACUCUGUCCGGCAAUAAGUUAACUGGAAAAUUCCCAGCCUCCUUCUCCAAUUGUUCCAAACUCAUUACCCUUCAAUCAUCUGACAACUAUUUCUCUGGUCAUAUUCCUAAUAGCCUUGGCAAUCUUAGAAUGUUACAGAUUCUUGACAUUUCUUACAACAAUGUUACGGCUGAUUCGGGCUUUUUCUCAUCCAUGGCAAGCUGCAUAAAUUUAAAUACCUUGCAAGUUUCUGUGAAUCCAUUGGAUGUUGUCCUUCCAAAUUCCAUUGGGAAUAUGUCGUCGCUCCAAUCUUUAGUUGCAGGAUUAUGCAAAAUCAGAGGCAACAUUCCAGUUCAGAUUGGUAACUUGAGCACUCUGAUGCAGAUAGAUCUUUCAGCAAAUGAAUUGACCGGAUCGAUACCAUUAUCCUUUUGGAGGCUUACACGUCUGUUGGAUCUAAACUUAAGUUCAAAUUCUCUAAAUGGCUCUCUCCGUUUAGAUAUUGGGAACCUAAAACUCCUAAUAGACAUGGAUUUAUCAAGAAACCAGAUAUCAGGACCAAUUCCAGGCAGUAUUGGGGAUCUUAAGGAUUUGCAGCAUCUUUCAUUAGCAGAAAAUGAUUUCCAAGGCAGCAUUCCACAACCAUUUGGAGAUAUAGUAGCCUUGAUAUCCUUGAAUCUUUCGACAAAUAAUCUCUCUGGGUCGAUUCCAAAGUCGUUAGAGGCACUUCUCAACCUAAAAUCUUUUGAUGUCUCUUCAAAUAGAUUGCAGGGAGAAAUCCCAAGUGGAGGAUCCUUUGGAAACUUAUCUUAUGAAUCAUUCAAGUCCAACGCUGCGCUGUGUGCUUUGCCGAGGUUCAGAGUUCCACCAUGUGACACCAGUAAAAAAUCUAAGACAUCUAAUUUACAUUUACUUGAUUACAUUUUACCAACUCUAGUAAUAUCUCUAAGUUUGAUUGUUGCAUUCACUAUCAUAUUCACCAAAAUCAAUAAGAAGAGAAACCAAGAAGCUUUGUUACCUCUGGCAACAUGGAAGAGAUUUUCUUUUCUCCAACUUGAAGAAGCAACGGCCCGAUUUAGUGACUCUAACUUGCUUGGCAAAGGGGGUUUUGGCUCUGUGUACAAAGGCUCAUUAUCAGAUGGCACAAAUGUUGCCGUUAAGGUUUUCAAUUUACAGGAGGAAGGAGUAUUAAAGAGUUUCAAUACUGAAUGUGAAGUUCUGCGCAACAUUCGCCAUCGAAAUCUUGUCAGAGUCAUAAGCAGUUGCUGCAACUUAGAUUUUAAGGCCUUAAUUCUUGAGUUCAUGCCUAAUGGGAGCCUGGAAAAGUGGCUGUAUUCUUACAACUAUUUCUUGGAUAUACAACAGAGGCUACACAUUAUGAUUGGCGUUGCAUCAGCUCUCGAAUAUCUUCAUUCUUAUACAACGCCAAUAGUCCAUUGCGAUCUAAAGCCGAACAACAUCCUGCUAGACCAAGAUAAGGAAGCACAUGUGAGCAAUUUCGGCAUCGCAAAACUUUUAUCCGGAGAUAAUUGCAUGACUCAGACACUAACAUUAGCCACAAUUGGUUACAUGGCACCAGAAUACGGCGAAGCUGGAAUUGUGUCUGCAAGAGGAGAUGUGUACAGUUUUGGCAUUCUGAUGAUAGAAACUUUUACUAGAAAAAAGCCUACAGAUGAAAUAUUUAGUGGUGAAAUGAGUAUAAAACAGUGGGUGAGAAAUGCAUUUCCUGAUGCAGUAGUUCAAGUUGUGGAUUGCAAUUUAUUGGAUGUGGAAGAGGAAAAACAAUUUAUUGCUAAUAUAAAUUGUGUGUCAUCUAUAUUGGGAUUGGCCUUAGAUUGUUGUGCUGAUUUACUAGAAGAAAGGGUGAACAUGAAAGAAGUUCUUUCUAUUUUGGAAAAGAUCAAAAUACAAUUCUUGAAGCAUUUUUCACAGGUUUAAUUCGUACCAGUUCAAAUCUGGUAGAUUUUUCUUCAAGUCAUUACAGAUUUUGGCAUGUAUAGUCAAUCAAGUUUAGCUUAACCAUUAUAUAAUGUUAUGUUUUUGCUAUUUUAAGAAUAUAAUUGCAAGUCAGUAAUGGUAAAAAAUGUAAACAUAAUCUAGUGGUAGUGUACUUCAAUCACAUAAUUUAA